AAGGGGAGCCGGACGAGACACAGCCUAGCCCUUUCGCCUAGGUACCCGAACCAAGACAAGAAUGAGAAGGAAUGCAUUACACAACUGAUACUGCCCACGUGUGCCCGGCCAGAGAGUGGCAGCCAGACGGUUUAUUAUUUACCAAGUUAAUGUAAACCUGGGUCUAGGCGGAGGCGUGGAUACCGAGAAGAGCCCAGUCGCCUCAGGCUUGCUGGGACGGGGGAGGGGAUCCAGGGAGCUAUACGCAGUGUGGGAGAGGCUAGAGCUUGGGAGACCGACCGAGACGCUGUCUCUUUAAAUGCUAGAGGCAGAGCUCUCACCGGGGGGAGCCCAGAGCCGGAUCUACAAUCUCUUCUCUCCCUAGCUUCGGUGCUUGUUGCUCGCUCAGCCCGCUUGGAGCUGCUGGUGCUGCUGUCUCUCUCCUGCACCUCGAGACGGUCUCUUUCCAUUCCCUUAUCUUCUACCGCUGGGAUCGGAGGGCGGAAAGAAGACAAGAAGAAAGGAGGAAGAGGAGAGAAGAAGGAAAGGGAAGCGACAGGAAUAGAUACCACCGCUACCCAAGUCCGUAGGUGAUCUACGCCAGCCGCGGGGUGAAGACAUGCUUUGCUCUCCCUUGCCCAUCCCCGCGAUCGGCGCCGGGAGAGAGACUGCGGUUCUGACUCCGGGAAACUUGCCGUAGAAGUCUCGGAUUGUGGCUGGGGCUGCUUCCCUUGGGCCCCUCACCUCUCCCCCCCCCUUCCCCCAAGCCGGCGUGAUGGGCAACCAGGUGGAGAAACUGACCCACCUAAGUUACAAGGAAGUUCCCACAGCCGAUCCCACGGGCUUGGACCGGGACGAUGGUCCCCGAAUUGGAGUUUCCUAUAUAUUUUCUAAUGACGACGAAGAGAUGGAGCAGCAGCAGGGACCCGGGCAAGACGUAGGGGAUUUACAGGAUCUGCCCGAGGAGCAGCUUCAGACACCUCUGCCAGCUCCGCAACAACCUUACGAUCCCCGUCUCUACGAGGUGGAAUGUUCUGUGUACUACCGAGACGAGUGCAUCUAUCAGAAGAGCUUCUCUUCCGGGCCGGCUGCCCUCAGCACUUACACCCCGGAGAAUCUAUUGAACAAGUGCAAGCCGGGAGACUUGGUGGAGUUUGUUUCCCAGGCUCAAUACCCACACUGGGCAGUGUACGUAGGUGACUUCCAGGUGGUACAUUUGCACCGGCUGGAGGUGAGCAACAGUUUCCUGACAGACGCCAGCCAGGGUCGUCGGGGCAGGGUGGUGAACGAGCUGUAUCGCUACAAGCCCCUCAGCCCUAGCACCGUAGUGCGCAACGCGUUGGCUCAGGUGGGCGCCAAGGAGCGGGAUUUGAGCUGGCGCAACUCGGAAAGCUUCGCCGCCUGGUGCCGCUAUGGCAAGCGGGAGUUCAAGAUUGGCGGGGAGCUGCGGAUUGGCAAGCAGCCCUACCGGCUGCAGAUCCAGCUCUCCGCCCAGCGCAGCCACACUCUGGAGUUUCAGAGUCUGGAGGACCUGAUCAUGGAGAAGCGCCGAAAUGAUCAGAUUGGGCGCGCCGCUGUGCUACAGGAACUAGCUACUCACCUGCACCCUGUGGACCCGGAGGAAGGGGAUGGGGAGCCCGCCCGGACUACCAGUGAACCUGCCGAACUCCCGCCUUUGGCACCGACCCCUCCUCCCUCACAGCACCAUUCGCAGGCGGCACACUGAUGUGGAUUGCAGCUGGGAAAUUGAGCUGUUCACAGCUGCCUGCCGCUCUCCUCGUUCCUUUCUCCCGCUCUGGUCCCCAUUUUGGGGUUUCCAGCCUUUUGGGAAAGGGGAGCAUGCUCGUAGGAGGGUAGGGCGCAGUGAGCCCUUGCAAAAGCUCAGAAACUUAGAAAGUAGCCGGUAGGAGUCUGAGGACUAGCCAAGAGUCUUUGUGCAUUUUGGAGGGAGGGGUGGGAGGAAGAAUAUAAUCGAGAUUUUUUUUCCUUCCUCACUUCCCCUCUUCCCUUCCUUCCCUUCUACUUCAGGACUUGUUCUUUAAAGGUUGAGGAGGUGGGUUAGAUGGUGAUGUCCUGGAGUAGACCCAUUCUUCUUGCACUCAUAAAGUAGGAAGAAAGUUAAGGUUUGUGACUCCUGAGGCAUUCUUCUCUUCCCUCACCUUUCUGGCUCUGAGCACGUUCCUUCGCGUUCCUAGGACGAAGGUUAAGUCUGGGUUUGCUUAGGGCCCCCGCGGAGGCUGGCACGAAGAGCUGCAAAUUUCUUAGCCCCCCUCACCCCAAUUCCCCCCUAGAGCUGUAUGUGGAUUGGGGAAAAUACUGGAAUUCAUUUCGUGGGAUUCCAGGGGAGCCAGGCCGGGUGGGUAAUCAAUGGGAAGAUCUGGGAACUGCAGACCCACACCUAUUUGUUCUAUAAUAAGUGUAACCAAUGCUUGUGUAAGCUGCGGGAAAAGGGACAAAGACUAUCCCCGCCUCUCUCCAGUUCUUUUCCCCCUCCCCCUUUCAGUGAGCCGUUACCACAAGUAGUUGGAUACUGGGAGCUGGGCUCUUAGGAGAUGUCCUUCUUCCUGUUCUCUCCCCGGCUCCUCCUUCCUCCCAGGUUACAAGUAAAUCAUAGUCAGGGGCAGGCUUGUGGAAGGAUUCAAUUAAGGUUGGGCUUUGUUUCUCCGGGUGCUGCUGUACGCCUAGAGCUGAGCUAUUUGUUACAAAAAGAAACCAGGAGGCUGAGGGAAUGGUCCUUUGUGUCACUGAUCUAAUUAAACUUGCUCAGCUCUGUUCCUCUGCUGAACAGAGGGGAUGAGAGGGAGACCUGGGUGCUAUACUCUUCUCAGUAUCGACUACCAAAGCAGCAUUGCUAACUCUUCAGUCAGGAUUGCUUUUCCACCCCCCUUUAGAUCUAGUGAUGUUCGUCUGUACCACUACCCCCUUAUUUUUUCAUGACGAAUUUUUAUUGUUGGCUCUUUGAACGACUUCUCUUCCCCAGCUACUUCCUAUGCACUAUGCUAGUGAAAAUCUACUUGACUUGAGCUUUAUUUCCAUAGUAAAAUGCUUUUGUUUUGAAAUCAACACUUAAUAUAAUUAAACCAGUGUUGAAUAUCCUUCUCCCUAGCUCACAGUGGUCUUCUCACUGCUUAGAAAACAAGUUCUUCCAGAAUAUCUCUCUCUCUCUCUCUCUCUCAAUCAAUCAAUCAUAAAUAGAAGCCAUUCUGUGAGUAGUUAAAUAGAGAAAUACUGUUACUGAUCUCAUAAGGAGCAAAUGGGGUUGUUUAUGGGUUUAGCCCAGCAUCUGUGGCAAACAGACAAUAGACUGAACAGUUAUUUCUCAUAUUUGCUAAUGAGCUACUGCUCGGUUCACUAUGAAGCUUUUUUUUCCCCCAUUUCACAGACUGCCAAUUGAAAAGCUGUUCUGUCCCAAAAUGAUUUGUACACUUAAUUUUAGGAUGCAGCUAGCUUGGCUCCGAAGUAUUGGCAUUGUUAAUGCUGCUCUGGAGAAUAUUGCCACAAAGGAUUGGGUUCAGUUUGGUUUUUUUACUGAAAGGGUCUAAAGUGAAUCUAUAGUGCUCAAGGACUCAUAGUGGAUCAUCUGACUUACUAUAAAAUUAUUUAAGGGUACAGUAAGCUAUAGUCUCUUGAAUUUGGAGUAACAUCAGAUUUGAUAGCUUAAGCAGGGAAGAGAACCUUUAGCAUCCAUAUUCACCUUAGUCACAGCCUGACUUAGAAUUUGCACAGUUUAAACCUUUAUGUUUAUUAGUUGCUUAUAUGUACUCCUAAACUGAAUGUUCUGAUGUUAAAAUUAUAGUUUUAAAUGUCCAGGACCCUUGAACAGAUGCUUAAGAAAAUAAGUGGUCUUCUUAAGCCAUUGCAUUCAGCGUGACCUUAAGGCAAGUCACUUUACCUCUGCACCUCAGACUUAGACUACAUGAUUUUUGAGGGCCCUGAAGCUCAGAAAUGGUCAUUUUAAGCAUUUAUUCUCGAAUUUACCAAGAGUUAGCUAAAGUCACAUGAGAUCCCCCUUUGUCACUUUGUAACUGACCACCCUAGCCUUUGCCUGUCAAGAUCAAAUGUGUAGCUUCUAGGAAGAAAUAAAUAUAAAAUUCAGCAUUAUUACAUUGGGAGCUUCAGUUGAGAAGACAGAGUCUAAGUCCUGAGUCAAUUACUUCCCUCUCCCUCCCUCUCCUUUCUUUCACAGCUUCCUCUGCCCAGAAUCAAUCUUGCACAUGGUGAGGUGGGACAAGCUAAGCAUGGAUAAACAAAAUUACAAAAAGAGCCAGAGACCUAAUUUUAGCCAAUAGUCUCAGCUGCCUCUCUAGGCCUGUUAACAAGCAGCAGAAUUGACAGAUUUGAGUUUCGUCUCCUUCCUUUUGUCCACACUCCGGAGGGAAGUGGCUAAUGAACAGUGACCAAUGGGCAAGAGGCAGGAGGACAUAUUUUCUGUCAACUUUUGCUGAUGGCCUUCCCCCACCCUUAACUGGAAAGCUCAGUAAUGCCAAUAGUGACAUGCAGAGCUGACUACAGCUGUUGGGAGUUAAAAUGAAGAAACAUUGAAAGAAACUCGUUGCAAAAGGAAAAUUUGAACACCAACAGAACGUAUGUUAUGAGUGGCUUUCUGGAGAAUCAGAGGUUGAUUGAGAGGGAAAUUGAGCUCAUUGGUUAUUCCAACAGAGGAAAAAGACCUAACAUAGAAGCCUUUCCCAGCUUAACAUAAGCAUUCAUAAAAGGAAUACUUGGUAUUGCAUUAGCUACAAUAUGUAGAGGCAAAAUUCCAAUAUGUUUUUUUCCCUUUCCUUUUUUAAGAAUCUUCAGUAUAAUUUUGCAGUAGCAUACCUCCUUUUUUUUUCUUUCUUGGUUCAAGAGAGGAGUGAAUCAGCUGACAGAUUGACUUUCCUCCAGGUGGCAGUGUUGUGGAUACAAAUAAAUUUUUAUUUAAGCCUCAUAGCAAUGGCUUCACCUGGCACUUUACAAUUCUAAAUAUAUAAGCAUAUUUUUUUGUUCCUUAUGAGGGAUUAAAAGGCCCUUUAGAAAUAUUUUGUACUGUGAAUUGUGGAUGCUCUUUGAAGGAAAAAUGGGUUUGAUUCUAUGGGUUCUACGGAAGCUUGCAUUGGGAGAGGGGGAGGAUGGAUGCCCUACUGGAAUAUGAAGUCAAAGUCAAAUUUAUAUUUUUCUUACCUGAGAAAAUAUUUUAUUGAGACAGCUCAUGUAAGAAUGAGCUUUGCAGGAGCCCCAGACAUCAGCUUUAUGACUCUUUUGUAGCUAAGAGAACUUUUUUUUUUCUCCUGGUAGUAUCACCCACAUUUAACAAAUUAACUUUUUGGUACUCAGGUAGCAAAGAGACAACCUGAGGAGUAUACUUUAUUCUGAACCUAAAAGUGCAAGUUUUCUAGUCUUUACGAAAGACAUUUAUUUGUGUGGUUGAAUUUUUGCCCAUUGGGUGCUUUUGGCUAUUUUCAGCACCAGCUCUUAUAGCAGCCCUGGGGUGGGGGGGGGGGAACAGAUAUUUUUGAAAGCAGAACUUUACUUUUAUACAACAAAUGAGAUAUGGAGAACUAAGUACAUGUUUAACUGCUUGUUUUCUAACUUUUUUUAAAGGAAUUCACUGUGUUCAGGACUGUCAUUGUUGUGUGUUUGUCUAACCAGCCACUUUUUACAAAUUGGAGUUAACUUCCAGUGUGAUUAUUGUUACUGAUGAAUGGAUCUGGGUUUUGAAAGCCACACCUUUUUUGUUUGUUUAAAUUUUUAAAAAAAUCAGGGUAAUUUCAAACUUGAGUGGUUUAUAUGACUUUCCAUUACAGUGAACAAAUGUUUCACUAAAUCUACUUGAAGUUUUUUAUUUAAUACUGUAACCCUUCAGAGAAUUUCAUACACUAAUAGGAUAAGCACCAUAUAAUUUUUUUCCAUGAAUUACAUGAAUUUUUUGUUUUCACUGAAGGCUGUGUUUUCUGUCAUUGUUCUUAUACCACUUCUUGAGAAGGAAGUUCAGAUUUCAGAUUGUAUCAUUUCCUUCAAAAUGAAGGGCAGGGCAUAGUCAAAAUAAAGAUUUGAUUUUUUUCAACACUUUCUUUGCUGUAAUUUAUUUUUUAAGUUGUCAGGUCCUUUUUAAAGGAUCUGUAUGGGUCAAUAAUAAACUUAUUGAUAAGGUGA